AAUGAUUAAACAUUUCCUGUGUGGGUUUACUCAUAAGUAGGCGACCACUACAAAGUCAUAUUGGCACUGAUGAAAUAUUUUGGGUAAUUAGCUCUCGAAUUAGCUGACACUUCAUAAGCUGAUGGCUUCUGACAGUAAGGUUCAAGAAGAUAAUGGUUAUAUUUCUCUUCAAUCAGUCACGAGACAAAUUUCUUAUGAAGAUGAAGAUGAAGAAGAUUAUGUUUCAAUGAAUUCCUUUAUUGAGAAGGCUGACAAAGAGCAGAUUAAUCAUGUUACAUCCCCACCAGCUCUUCCUCCUUUCAACAGAGAAGUCCAAAUGGUUUCUAUGGCUAGAUGCAUUACUCCUCCACCAUUGCCUCCUAUACCUGCAUCAAGAAGGCCUACACAAGAACACUCACAUGCUGAUAGGGCUACAAGAUCCUUGACACCUUCAAGCCCAAAUCCAAAACCAAAACCCAGAUCAAGAAGCACCAUUGAUUUAAUAAAGGAUAAAAUUAGCAUUAGAGAAGCCAAAGGCUAUAAUCCUGUCUACGAGUCAAUACAUGACAUGCCUUUUAUACUCAAUCAUCAUAGCAAAUCACAUUCCUUAGAUGAGUCUGCAUCACAAAAAGGAGCAGAGACUAGUCAAAACCAUGCUCAAGAUUUUGAAAGAUUGCAGAAAGAAUUGUUUCUAUCGCAGAAGAGAGAAGAAGAGGUCUUGAAGAGAAUUGACAGGCAAGAUGAGAAGAUUGAUUUUCUUGAGAAAAGUUUAAACGAACUGAGAAAUGAUUUUCAAAGAAUGCUAUUGAGGUUUAAUCAAGGAGAAAGAAGCUCACCUACUGCUACACUGAUUGGCCCUACUCUUAAGCAUCCUCCCUGUGAUUUCUACAUGAGUAAUUUUUCACAUCAUCAGCAUUUGGCUGGGAGUGAGUGGUACAGUGAUCCAUUUUACACUGGGACACAACAAGGAUAUAAGAUGUGCCUACAGAUUGUUGCUAAUGGAAUGGGGGCUUCAGCUGGAAAGGAUGUCUCCAUUUGUAUCAAACUAAUGAAAGGAGAAUAUGAUGACUCCCUCUCCUUUCCGUUCUACGGGGACAUCACUGUUCAAAUUAUCAACUAUCUUGGUGAUUUCAACCAUGCAAAGCGGGUCAUAUCAUUCAAUAAGUCUGCAGCACAAUAUGGUGCCAGCAAUCGCGUGCAUCAGGAAACCUCAGAGUCUAGUGCAAUGGCUGAGAAGGGAUGGGGCAUAGCAGCAUUCCUUCCACACAGCUAUCUCCCAUACAAUAACCAGAAGCAGACGGAGUUUGUCAAGAAUGAUACACUGACUGUUAGAAUUGCAAGCAUUGCAUUAACUUCUGCCAACUAACUUCUGCCAAAUAAUUAUUUUUUUAAUAUCUUAUGUCAUUUGACUCAUUUCCUCCUUUACAA